UUACCAUAAGCAACAUUUUUUAUUGAUCAAUAAUUCAUCACAGUAAUUUGCAGUCGAGAAAACAUUGAAAAUAAAAAACAUUGAAAACGCAAUAAUAAGUUAUCAUUAGUUUUUGAGGCACGGCAAAUCUUUUGAUGUUUCUGAGAAUUUGUGCCUUUCAAGUGAUUUCUCUGAUGGGUGAAACUCAGAUUUUGAAGAUGGGUUAAAUUUAUUGAAGAAAUUGGCUGUAUUAAUUCAACUCUAAUGUUUAUUGGCAGUGAGAGUAUCUUGUUUAUUAAAUCUCAAGAGGGUUUGUCACCCCCGUUUACAUUAGCUGUCAAUAAGUGUUUCUACAUAACUUGACAUAGAAAAGAAUCUCGGCUCUUGAAAGAAGUAAAUAUCUAUUAUCGUAGCCUGAAAUUCAGCCUUGUUGUCCUUGGAGCAGAGAUUUGCAAUGGACUCUUCGGUCGAUUCUCAAUUUGUUGCAACUUUGGUGGCCUGUAUAAUUUUGAACGUCGGAUGUCUUCAGGAGAACUGGUACGGAUACCACAUCCGAGAUCCCUCGGAGUGGGGCAAGAUGUAUGCGAGGUGUGCGGACAACCACGACCAGUCGCCCAUCAAGAUAGAGGAGGCAGAGACGGUGUAUGAUCGUGUGCUUUCUGCACCUGUGUUGCAUGGAGGGUGGGAGUAUGUUCCCACUUCAGUACUCAUGUUGGAGAACAACGGCCACACCAUGGAGCUGGUGUUCAAGGACAACCACAUUAGGAUGCACGGAGCCCACCUGACACACGAGUUCUACCUCAAACAGUGUCACUUCCACUGGGGAGAGGACAUAGAAAAGCCAGGCUCCGAACACUGGCUCAACGGAAAACAGUACGACGCAGAGAUGCACUGUGUGUUCAUUAAUGUGGACUUUGUGCCUGGCACUGAGGAGGAGAUUUAUGACAGGGAGGCAUGGGCAGUGUUCGCAGUUUUCAUCAAGUUCGAUUCCGAAAAACCAAACGAAUAUAUAGACUAUCUUCUGUCACAUACAGAUGCCAUUAGGGAAGCAGGACACAACUACAGCUUCAACCAGGAGAAGAAAAAGGCAGACAUUCGACACCUCCUACCGGACAACCUGUCCGAGUACUACCGCUACCAGGGUUCUCUCACCUCCCCGCCCUGCUAUGAGUUUGUGGUCUGGACCAUCUUCAACAACCCCAUCCACAUCUCCCGUGACCAGGCUGAGAAGUUGUUCGAGCUGCACAACUUCGUGAAAGAACGCAAUGUCGGCUACAUGAACAUUACUGGCAACUUCAGACCUCCACAACCACUAGCAGGAAGAACGGUUUACAGAAGUUUUCGAGACAUCGACGACAAACUCAACACCGCGUACGAUCAACUCAGCAAUGGGUUGGUGAUUUUGUUCACACUAUUUGCUGCUCUCUUCUGUGCAAGAGAUUAGAAAAGAUUGUCAGGAAAUGAGGAUUUAGAGGCGGCUCAAAUGUGAACUUUUGUCAUAUACGACUGCCCAACUUGCAUCAAUAUUGCAUGCUAAAAAAUUUUAUUACUGUGAUUAUUGAAAACUUCCUGUGUAUUUAUGAUAUUUUAAAUAAAAUUCAGCAGUUCCUUGUU